AUGAUAUUUAACGAAACUAGAAACGGAUUGGCCAAGAAGUUCGGAAUAGUUUCGGUCGGGGCUAUCUGCUUAGCUUACUUUGGAAAGGCGCGUGCUAGCAGUUACAAACAGGGUCGGCACACCAACCAGAGUGAUGCGUUGGUGGACAGUCAGACUAAAGAGUUUUCCACUGACUACUACUAUCCAGGCAAGAAUGAAGAGAAUGGCGAGUAUAAGCGUCGUAGCGAGUAUGUGGGGGCUGGAAGCAGUUACAACUCGCGGAGGCCGGGCGAUCGGUUGACGAUGUUUAAGAUUUUUGACAGAGAUUGA